UCCGGAUUCAUGUAGUGUGACCUACACAAUUCAUGAACGACGCGUUUGAACCAGUCAAAUGCCUCGAGGAGCUCCAGUUGGGCGGCAAUCAAUGCUCAUUACGUAAAAGCUUCUUUCCGAGGACUCCACCGUUUACAAGAAUCAUGUCGGCUGAGGAAGUUGUGGCUGAGGUUGAGGUGCCCAAGGAGCUGGGAGAGAUGGACGCCCUCAAGGAGGUGCUUAAGAAGGCUCUCAUCCAUGAUGGCCUCAAGCGUGGCCUUCACGAGGCCGCCAAGGCUCUGGACUCGCGUCGCGCCCGUCUGUGCUGCCUGGCCCAGGACUGCGACGAGCCCAGCUACAGCAAGCUGGUGCGCGCUCUGUGCGAGGAGCACGGCGUGAACCUCAUCCUUGUGCCUUCGGGCAAGCAGCUCGGCGAGUGGUGCGGUCUGUGCAAGAUCGACGCUCUGGGUGAGGCCCGUAAGGUCGUGUCCACGUCGUGCGCCGUCAUCACGGACUUCGGUGAGGAGACCCACGCCCUGAACGUGCUGCUGGACUACCUCAAGCGCCAGGGCGAGAACUAAGCAGGUUCCAGUCAGUGACCUAGGAGAUCAAGUACAGGUUCGAGAGUAAUUACGCCCGCGAUCAUAACACGAACUCCCAGGGAAGCUAUUGGUAUCGCUGUCCAUUGGGCACCGAGGCUUUCAGUCGGAAGCUUUUACACCAUCACACUGCUGUCAAGUCUUCUUCGUUUGCUUGUCUGCGUGGUGUGUAUGAAUACAGGUUUCAUCUGUGCAAGUUUCAACGAUUUCAGUUUCACUUCGUUGAAUUUACUUUUUAGUAGCUAAACGCAUUUGUCCAAUCAAUCCAUUGGGGUCUCGUAGCGCACGCAUUCCACGCUCGUUUUCUCCUUCAUCCGGAG